AUGGAUUUUAACUCCAGAGUACACACAAUUUGGUUCCAAAACUGGCUAAAUGAAUAUUCGGAAAACGAAUAUCAUGAAAACGAAAGGAAGGAUGAAACCUUCCUGGUGGAUUUCUCAAACUACUCGAGCCUCUCGGAAGUGUCCCUGGAAAUAUACAACUGCAUCAGAAGCAGUGAUCUGUCACUGGACCAGCUCAACUCAUACAUAAAUAAGCUGGGAGUAAUCAUAUCGCAAUCGGAUUUGAGAGCAAUAUCGACUCAGCCGAGGUCGAAGAUGGCAAAAAUGUUCUCAGUGAUAUUUGAAUCAGGAGACAUAUCGACGAUCCUGCUGGAGUGCAUAAACAAGAACUCGUACGCGUACGUGUAUCUGAUGAUAAGAGUACUCUUCGAGAUCGUUUUAUACACCAAAAGCACGCCAGUAAGGUCGUAUGCACACGCUCAGAUAAUGAAGAACAAAAGCAUAAUCAAGGCACUGAUGACAAUAUCAUACAACCCAUCGAGUGGGUCGCCGGAGGAGCGUGAUGACAAAGAGUCCCUGAAUCACAAUACAGCCCUAAAGUAUCCGAGUUCGUCAGGUACAAAUAACCAUCACGUGCCCAUAGACCCGGAAUUGUCGUCGGAGCCUUACGUGAUCGAUAGGCACACAAAUCCGAUGGGAGGGAUAGGGUAUCCGAGCUCGAGUCACUCGCAGAACGUGUUUGAAAACCUGCUGCUGGACAUGCUGCAGACGCCGGACAUGAACGUGAGUUGCAUGGGCAUACAGCUGUUGUCAGUGGUGCCCACAGUGGCCUCGCAAAGCCCACAAAUUUUAAACGAGCUCUACCUGUUCUUAAUAGGAGAAGACGACGAAUUGUCGUACAUGGCGAGCGUGUCACUGUCGUCAAUACUGCCGGAGGUACCGGAGCUGGUGUCGCUGAAUUUCGUGAAGGCCUGCUACAGCAACGCGCUCAAAAACUACCACAACGUGCAGAGAGUGAAGAGCUUCACGCUGCUGACGCUGUCAUGCAAGAGCUUUAAAAACAUACCGAAGUACACGUACAGGAUGCUGUGGUCGCUGUACCUGGAGCUGGACAAGCAAAGUAAGCUGGAGGACCAGGCGUACUCGAUCGUCACGGAGUGUAAGAUAGCGCUGCUUCUGGCGUCGACGCUGAUAGCAGUGGAGCAGAAGGAGAACGCGAAGAGGCAGGAGGAGAGGCUGCGGUCGCUGCUGCAGGGAUACCUGGCGCUGCUGAAGGCAAACACGAAGCGAGACUCGAAAAACUUUGAGAAUAACAGGACGAAUCUGCUUUUGGCAAGAGGGAUCAUGUACUCGAUGUUCCUGCUCUACGCCUCGGAAGAGGAGACCGCGGAGGUGGCACAGAAGCUGGCGGACCUGGUGAGCACAAUGACGAAUAACACGCUUAACGCGAACAAGUACGUUAACGUAAAUAACGUGACGGAGGGGAUUGACCCACUGCUGGACAAGAAAAACGACUUCUUCGCACUGAUAUACCACGGAGCGUGCAUGAAGCUGCUUGAGCUGUUCGCAAAAGACAAUUUGAUGACGACGUUCACGAAGUUCAUGGAGCUGUUUAACCAGCUGCUCAGGUUCAACAGCGAUAACAUAAACAUGAUUGUCGCAGUGAAGAAGUGGCUGAAGCACUUUCAGAACCCGUGCGCAGUGCUGCUGAAGAUGGUGGUGACAGUGGCGCCGCACAUCGACGAGGUGGAGGAGAGACUUAGGCAGAAGAUGCUGCUGGCGCUCCUGGAGAUGGUCGAGUACGCAUUCCUCGUGGACCCGGGGAACUUCGGAAACCUGGUGACGAGGUACAACGAAAAGGUGACGAGCAGGAGCCUGAAGCUGAUCAUGAGGCCGCUGCUGCAGAUACAGAGCAUCAACUACGGUUCGAUGCUGACGGAGCAGGAGAUACUGGUGCACCACCUGUACAGCUGCGCCAACAACGAAGUGCUCUCGGAGAGGUACCAGACGAGGCCGCUCAUCGCAGAUUUCGGAAAAAACAGAGUCUACGGAGGAGAGAGUAACCUGACGGUGACGGUUUUUAGGAGGAGGUCGAGUUGGGGCUCGGAGUACGCGAAGAUCAUAAGGAGGCAGAUCGAGGCGAACUUCAUAAACAACGAGCAAAAGAUAGAGCAAUGUGACCUGUAUCAGAACCUGUACAAGGUGGGAGUGCUGUGUCUGCGGCUAGGCUUCUACGCGGAGGCGUCGGCGAUAUUCGGAAGACUCUCCUUCGUGUCGGAGCAGUGCUACCUCUGGAUGCGCAUACUCUUUAAGUUCGCGAGCUCGCAGGCGGUGGAGCCAGUCGACCUGGCGAAUAGGCAGGAUCUGAGGAAGUACUUCGGAAGGCACGUCGGACUGGCGAGGAAAGUGCUGGGCCUGUUCAAGGUGCUGAGAACGACGAACGCGCUGGCGAGUAGCUCGCACGCGCAGAGGUGCUGGGACUACGAGCUGAACUACGAGCGGCCAGUCCCAGUCCUUUACAGUUUCGUCACGUUGAAUCUGUGCCUGAAGCUGGGAGUCGGGGACCUGAUAACAUCAAUAAAGGAUAAAAACUAUAACUUUGAAAGAUUCAUAAGGCUGUUUACAUCACUAAAGGCAGCGUACAAAGCUUUGGAGUUUGUGUUUAGGUAUAGGUCGAAGGAAACAGUGUGUGUAUUAUCAGGGUAUCAGGGAAUAGCGACAGUGAUAGUCCAAAUACUAAGGAACAUGGACUCAAAAAAGGUAACGGGGAAGAUUCAACCUACACAAAGGGCCGAAAAUGUAGAUUUGGACUACUUUUGGACCUAUUUGUGCGAAUUUGACAGGAGUUUAGAUAAGCCGGAUGUGUUGUAUAUAAUGGACCUAUUCCCCAGAAGGAAAAGGAACUGCCUCCUAACGAACCUGUUUAUGACUCAGAAAAACACGGGCGCAGCUAAGGUGGAGUCGGAGUCUACUGCAGUCUCGACCCCAAAAAUCAACAUGAUGAUGGAAAGUAAGACCCUAGAUAUGAAGUACGGACCGGAGGGAGUGGAAGUUGCAGUGGACACGAUCUGGUUUGAAGUGGCAGGGAGUCUGAGGCUGUUGGCAAAAAACGGAGAGCUUUACUGUUAUCAGAGCGACGUCCCGAGUUUCAACAAGAUAUACAAGGCGCUCCAGCCACUGUCGAAAGACUACUCGGACCCCAGGGUUAUCGCAUUCCUGGAAGGCGUGCUCUUCGCAGAAAUACAAACACCGGUUGGAAUCACGAAGGCGUACGCGCUGCCAUACGUGGCGCUCACGGCGACUCUACUUAUGCAGAAACGAGGAGAGCUGGAGGUACAAACUGUUCUGGUGCAGGGACAUUUGCAGAACUGCAAGGGGCACAAGGAACUGAGCAGCGUGGCGCUGAGGAUGGAGUUCAAUGAACUGGAACGAGAGAAAGUGUUCCACUAUCGCUUGAAAAUGGAGAAGGGCACGGUGUAUGAGACCGUCCUGAUCAAUGUUCCUCAAGAAGUGUGCAAAAACGGAGUAUUCGUGGCAGUUCCCGUGGACGGAAAGAACAUGCCAAUAGGAGUGCCUUGCGCAGUCCCGUUGACGCAAAAAUUUGUUUAA